UUGUUCAGCUCGAGAAAGACACUCAAUGUCGAUUCACCCUCCUUCACUCCUGCUGGCCUGCCAUCUGUAGCAUCUCCGAGCGCCAACUCCUCAGGCACCACAAAGAAAUCAACAUUUUCAUCUCAGGCUGCCAGCGCGGCAGUAUUCACCCCAAGAGGAGCUGGAUCUGCUACACCGGCUGCCCAAGAAGGAGAAGCAUCAUCAACAGUAUUUAACCCUGCGACAUUCCGAGAAUUUACUCCCCAGAACUUUGAAUUGAGUACCGGUGUUACCGCCAAUGGCGCGACUCCGGAUCCAGCACUCAAUUAUGACCCAUUUACCAUGCCAGGCGUCGCGCAAGCAUUGCCGCCGACGCCUUUCAACCCUUACGCAGAUGACCCAACUGGUCUCGGUGGCUCAAGUGCUGCGUACUUUCAACACCAAAACGCUUAUACCGCCCCUCUUCCGCCGCUUCAACAUCAUUGGUAUGCGCCUGUAGGGCCUUACAGAGAAGACUUGCUCCCAUUUCAGAGACAAGUUCAUGACUUUUUCCUACCGGAGAAGCUCCGCGAGGAGAUGCAACGCAAAGCCGAUGCUUUGCAGCAGGUUAUGCCAAACUCGACACUGCCUGCAUUGGACAACUACUUCUCACUUGUGCCUCUCGAUACUAGUCACCGAAAGAGUUCUACCGUCUUUGGUUUUACAACGUGGGUGUACAAGGCAACAUCGUCCAAGAAUGGGCGGACAUACUGCCUCCGCAGAAUCGAAGGCUUUCGUUUGACCAACGAACAUGCUAUCCGCUCAGUUAAAGAAUGGCGGCGCCUCAUGAACGGCAAUGUGGUAACCAUUCACGACGCGUUUACGACGCGUGCCUUCGGCGACAGUUCUCUCUUCUUCGUUCACGACUACCACCCGCUUUCCAAGACUUUGGCAGAGCUGCAUUUCCCUCAGGCGGGUUCAGCUCAUGCGAACCGUUUCGCCGCCAAGACUUCUAUCCAAGAAAGCGUCUUAUGGGGUUACGUCUCGCAGAUCGCCAAUGCCUUGAAGGCCAUCCACGCGUUGAACCUCGCGGCGCGAUGCCUUGACAUGAGCAAGAUCAUAGUCACGGACAAAAACCGCAUUCGUCUCGGCGCUUGUUCUAUACUGGAUGUUAUUGACUUUGAAAAGCGCCGGCCUGUCCAGGAGCUGCAACAAGAGGAUCUGAUCCAUUUCGGAAGGCUGAUACUAUCAUUGGCCACCAAUACGCCACCUAACCAGCUGACCAACCUGCCACCCAACCAGCUCAAGGGAUUGAUUGAGCAGAUGAGCCGGACGUACUCCAAAGAGAUCACUGACACCGUCCUGUGGCUUUUGACGCCGGCUCCUCCAGGCGCUACGCCAAAGGGAAUCGAAGAAUUCAUCAGCGGGAUUGCAGUUCACAUGGUAGCAACACUUGACGCUUGCCUACAAGAGUCCGAUACCCUCAAGUCGGAACUUUUCAGGGAACUGGAGAACGGCCGCCUGGUGCGUCUGAUGGUCAAGUUAGGGGCCAUCAACGAACGGCAAGAAUUCGAUGGCGACCGGACGUGGUCCGAAAACGGCGAAAGAUACGUCCUCAAGUUGUUCCGGGAUUACGUCUUUCACCAGGUCGAUGCAAAUGGUAACCCCGUGGUUGACAUGGGCCACAUCAUUAGGUGUCUCAAUCGGCUGGAUGCUGGCAGUGACGACCGAAUCUGUCUUACCAGUAGAGACGAACAGACCAGCUUCGUAGUCAGCUACAAGGAACUUAAGAAGGCGGUGGGCAACGCAUUUGGAGAUCUUCUCAAGGGAGGCAAACAACCUGCCAACCGGGGCUUCCAAGGCUCUUCCCACUAG